AAUUAAACAGUAAAUAUUAGAUUCAGCCGAUUCAGGCAUUCAGUAACAUUUAUUGUUAACAGUCAAGUACCUACGUAUUGGGUUUUUUAAUAGGUACUUUAUAAUAUUUUCAAAAUUGUUAUUGUAAAUGUGUAAUGUGAUAUGUGUACAAUAGAUAAUAUAAAUGUAAUUUUUGUUUAAUGUUUAAAUGUUUAUUACCUUUUCUYAYGCAUUAAAUGUUAAAGCGUCAUGAAUUAUUAUUUUCAUUAAGCUCAUUUUAUUUGGAGUUCUCGUAUUUUACGUAAAAAGCUUAUAACUUAAAAUGGGAAAAAUUAAUCAUUAUAGUAGAUAUACUUCAUCGGAAUAUGAUUAUGGAAGACAGUAUCAACCGAAAAAACAGAACCGAAAAAAAAAACGGAUUUAUACAAAAAAUGAUCCAUCAAACUUAUUUUUUAUAGUUUGUUUGUUUUUCGUUUUUUUUAUAUUCACUAAUCAAUCAGUAAAUAAAAAUUCUAAAAAGGGAAAGUAUGUUACGACUAUGAUUGAUACAAAAUGGAGUAUGGUACCACUUGUUUUAGAAAUGGCAGAAUAUAUGGCUGAAGAAAAUCCAUAUUCUUUAUGGUCAUUUGUGGAUAGUAUAUCACAGCUAAAUCCAGCCCUAAGUGAACUUGAUAAUGAUCAAAUCAAAUACCAAACUGCAUUAUCAAAGGCYGGAUUAUUAUUAUCCAAUUCUAAGUUGAGAUUGUUAAAAUUUUCGUUGUCAAUGCAUACAUAUUCACCACGUAUUGAAAUGUAUGCUCAAAUGGCAGCUGAUAGAGGAGUGCAAUGUUCCACUUCUGUAGAAAUUGAUGGUGAACUUGUGUGUUCAAUUGAAGGGUUAAAAAAAGUCUUACAACGAAUAAAUGCUGAAGGUUCAAAACAUUUGUGUGAAACAUAUCACAUAGACCAUCACCAUCCAUCUUCUAAAAACAGAAGUAAUAUAGCGAUAUUGUAUGGUGAAUUAGGAACAGCAGAAUUUGCAUCUUAUCAUACAGUUUUAAAACAAUAUGCUCAAGAAGGCACUAUAGACUAUGUUUUACGUCAUUUUGUAAAAGAAAAGAGUGAACAGAAGGUCCGCCUAUCUGGUUAUGGUGUUGAACUUCAUAUGAAAUCAACUGAAUAUAAAGCAGAAGACGAUAGUGUAGUUAAAGAUAAAAAUGAUAUCAAUAGAAAUGAAGAUGAAGAAGAUAUUUCAGAAAUUGAAGGAUUUGAUUUUAAACGUCUUGUUGAGUUAUAUCCUGAUAAAAAACARGAUUUAUUAAAAUUCAGAACUCAUUUAUCCGAGGUUAGUGGUGAACUAGCUCCUCUUAAGGCUUGGCAAUUUCAAGAAUUGAGCCUACAAGCAGCACAGAGAAUUAUGAGUGGCCCACCACAAGAUGCUAUUCAGACUUUUAUUCACAUUGCUCAGAAUUUCCCAACUCAAGCUAGAUCAUUGGCUAAUGUUAAAGUUAGCAAAGAACUAAGAGAUGAAGUAUCAAAAAACCAAGAUAGUUUUUCAAUGGGACUGAAUUUACAACCUASUGAUACAGUCUUAUUAUUAAAUGGAAUGUAUUUUGAUAUAGAUAUCACAGAUAUGUCAACUAUAUUAGAUUCAGUUACUCAAGAAUUGAGUAUAAUGGAAGGAUUAUAUUCUAUAGGCAUUACAGAUAAAAAAGCUGUUUCUUCCAUGUUGGCAUUGGAUUUUGGAAAUGUUAAGGGAAAGUCAUAUGCUGUAGAUAUUAGGGAUUCUGCCAUUCAAUGGAUAAAUGACUUAGAGACUGAUGCAAUAUAUAAGAGGUGGCCUUCAUCAGUUGAUGAUUUGCUUCGACCAACAUUUCCUGGCAUGUUACGAAGUAUUCGCCGUAACCUGUAUAAUCUAGUAAUUGUUUGUGAUCCAGCUUCUAAAAGUUCUUGGCCUUUAUUAAAACUAACUGAUUCAUUUUUAAACCAUCAAAGUCCYUUACGAGUUGGGAUUGUAUUUAAUGUCUCGCCAAAGCCAGCUAUAGGACUGAACGAUGCUAGUGUAGCCAUAUUAAAUGCUUACAAUUAUAUUGUUGAACAAACAUCUAAACCAUUAUCUGCAUUUAAUUUCAUWAUAAAUAUUUAUACCUCUAUUAGUGAAGACAGAGAUAUUAUUGUUGAUGAUGUCUUAAAUAAAUUUAAGAAGCAGUAUCCCAAAGCAAUUAUUGAUGAAAUAUUUGGAGAAGACAGUGAUUAUGAUACUGCCCGAGUAUUAGCAAAAGAGUAUGUCGCUAAGACUGGGUUUAGAAAAUUACCUCAAGUAUUACUUAAUGGGGUUCCAUUACAAGAAAAAUCUCUGGUAGAAGAAGACUUUGAAGAAGCUGUUUUAGUAGAAUUAGUAACUCAAACGCAGACUUUACAAAAAGCUGUGUACAAAAGAGAAUUGACUGAUACAGACAAUGUUGUAGAUUGGUUGAUGACACAACCAAAUGUAAUGCCAAGACUGAAUUCACGUGUACUCAAUACAGAUUCAAGUAAAAAUUUGCAAUUAUCUGAUAAACAUGAAUUUGUUUUGAAGUCAAUGAAUUAUAUUACUUUUGCUAAGAAAUCUAGUAUUAAUUCAAUUACACACUGGAUUGUGGGAGAUUUUUCUAAACUGUCUACUUUUAAAUUGAUCAAAAACACAUUUGAACACUUGGAAGAGAUACAUUUUGAUGUGUCAAAAAUAGAUAUACAAUUAUAUAGAAACUUUGCUUUUGAAGCUUUGAAUUUUGAAAGUGGACAAUGUGGUGUAAUCACUAAUGGACGUAUUUUGGGUCCAUUUGAUGAAGAUGAAGAUUUUUUAACUGAUGAUUUUGCUUUAUUAGAACARCAUACGCUAAAAGGCAGUGUAAACAAAAUUCUUAAUAUACUUGAAGACUCAGAUCUAACAAAUAUUACAAGUGAUAUGAUAAUGAAAGCAAGUGCCUUAAUCAAUAGCCGCUCUCAAACUAAAAAUCGACAUUCUAUUCCUGACGUUUCUACUAAACACAGUGUUAUUAAAUUAAGUGCCAACAAUGAAGAUGAACCAGUUUUCGAAAUCAAUGUUAUUGUUGACCCUGUGUCUAGAGGUGCUCAAAAGGUUGGAUCUAUUAUUUCUGUAUUAUCAACAGUACUCAAUGCUAAUAUAAAUGUGUAUUUGAAUUGUGUUGAUAAAAACAGUGAUAUGCCUGUUAAAAGUUUUUAUCGUUUUGUGCUUGAGCCUGAAGUCAUUUUUGAUAAAUCUGGUCAUUUAUCCCCUGAUCCAAUAGCAAAGUUUUCUAAUAUGCCUACUAGUCCAUUAUUAACACAAAUACUUCAUGUACCUGAUAAUUGGUUAGUUGAAUCUAUUGAAUCUCCAUAYGAUCUUGAYAACAUUCGACUUGAAGAUGUUGAAAUGGGUGUUUAUAGUCGGUAUGAAUUAGAGUAUUUGCUGCUCGAGGGUCAUUGUUAUGAUUCAGUCAACAUGAAUCCACCUCGUGGUCUUCAAAUGACAUUAGGAACAAAGUCAAAUCCAGUAGUGGUAGAUACAAUAGUUAUGGCUAACUUGGGUUAUUUCCAAAUGAAAGCUAACCCAGGGGCUUGGAUGUUAAGACUUCGUCAAGGCCCUUCAGCUGAUAUUUAUGAUAUUAUUUCUCAUGAAGGAUCCGACCGUUCUCCUAAUAGUAUGGAUAUCAAAGUACUAAUCAGUUCUUUUCGUUCUCACAUAAUAAAAGUCAAAGUUGCCAAAAAACCUGGCAAACAGAAUUUAAAUGUCUUGGGUGAUGAUGAUGCUGAAAACAAAGGUCUUUGGAAUUCAAUUACCAGUUCUUUCAGCUCAGGUUCACCUGAUAAAUCAACUGAUGAAACUAUCAACAUAUUUUCUGUCGCUUCAGGCCAUUUAUAUGAACGAUUUUUAAGAAUAAUGAUGUUGAGUGUGUUAAAAAAUACUAAAUCUCCAGUAAAAUUCUGGUUUCUUAAAAAUUAUCUUUCCCCAACUUUUAAGAACUUUCUUCCUAUUAUGGCUCAAGAAUACAAAUUUCAAUAUGAACUGGUUGAGUAUAAAUGGCCUCGUUGGCUCCAUCAACAAACAGAGAAACAGAGGACUAUAUGGGGUUAUAAAAUAUUGUUUUUGGAUGUCCUUUUUCCAUUGGAUGUUAAAAAAAUUAUAUUUGUUGAUGCUGAUCAAGUAGUCCGAGCUGAUAUGAAGGAAUUAGUUGACUUAGAUUUAGGUGGUGCACCAUAUGCAUAUACUCCAUUUUGUGAAAGUCGUAAGGAAAUGGAUGGCUUCAGAUUUUGGAAACAAGGCUACUKGAAAACUCAUCUACAAGGUCGUCGUUAUCAUAUCAGUGCAUUGUAUGUAGUAGAUUUGAAACGCUUUAGAAAAGUAGCAGCUGGUGAUAGAUUAAGGGGUCAAUACCAAGCUCUUAGUCAAGAUCCAAACAGUUUAUCGAAUUUAGAUCAGKAUUUGCCUAAUAACAUGAUUCACCAAGUUUCUAUUAAGAGUUUGCCACAAGAAUGGCUUUGGUGUGAAACCUGGUGUGAUGAUGCAUCUAAAAAAUCAGCCAAAACUAUUGAUCUUUGUAAUAAUCCAUUAACUAAAGAAGCUAAGUUGACAGCAGCAAUGAGAAUUGUUAGUGAAUGGAAGGAUUAUGAUAAUGAAAUUAAAAGAUUACAAAUUAAGCAAAGUGAACACGAAGAUAAAGUUUUCAAUAUUGAAACUCAAUCAAAAGGACCAGAAUCACACACAGAAUUAUAAUGGAUUUAUAUUUGAAAACUGUUGCAUACAAAUCAAAUGAUCUCCAGUUUUAUUAUGAUAAUAUGUCUAUUUAUUUUGUAUCUAUUGAAGCCAUCAAUUUAUUGUCCAAUAAUUUUAACAAUAUUUGUUAAUUACAUUUUUGAUUAUAUAA